AUGGCAUCAAAUAAAUUGAGUGUUGUUGAUUAUGUUAUUCUUGUAAUACUUCUUCUAUCAUCAGCUAUCAUUGGUGUUAUAUUCGGAUUUUUUAAAUCAAGCAAAAAUUCGGCUAAAGAGUUUCUGUUGGCCAAUGGAGACAUGGGAGCAUUGCCAACAGGACUCAGUAUUCUGGUAUCUUUUCUUUCCGCUGUUACUUUAUUAGGUACACCCAGUGAAGUUUACGUGUUUGGUACUAUGUAUUUUUAUCAAGGAAUUGCUUUAAUGAUCGCUUCACUAGUGACAGCACUCGUAUUUAUGCCAAAGUUUCGAGAAAUGCAGUGCACCAGUGUCUACGAAGGUGGUAUGAGAGCAGUUAUUUGGGCCGAUGUUCUACAAGCAAUAGUAAUGGCUAUUGGUCUUCUUGCAGUCAUCAUUCAAGGUCUGAUUUCUCUCGGUGGCUUUAAGCGAACGUUUUCCAUAGCAUCACGAGGUGGCAGAAUUGAAUUUGAUAACGUUAGCAUUGAUCCUCGUACUCGUCAUACAGUAUGGUCAUUGCUCAUCGGUAGUUCAAUCAAUGCACUUGCCACAUAUGGAUUUAAUCAAGCACUAGUACAACGUUAUAUGUGCAUUCGUUCAACACGGGGUGCUAAACAAGCUCUUUUUAUUAAUGCAAUCGGUUCUGCACUGAUCGUUUUUGCAUCAGGUCUUAUUGGAGUUAUCCUCUAUGCAUAUUAUGCCGAUUGUGAUCCGUAUACUAACAAAAAACUUCAAGAAAUCGAUCAAAUUCUACCUUAUUUUGUUAUGGAAGUAUUGAGCAAUAAGAAAGGUUUACCAGGUGUAUUUCUUGCUUGUAUUUUUUCCGGUUCACUCUCGACAAUUUCAUCUGGAUUGAAUAGUCUAGCAGGUGUACUCAUUGAAGAUAUCUACAAACGAUUAUUGGGCAGGCAAUUAACUGACCAACGGCAAGGUUUUAUUUGUAAAAUAGUAUCAGUCUUACUCGGAGUUCUUGUCAUACUACUAACUUAUGUAGUCAGCUAUCUUGGAUCGAUACUCAAUGCAACAUUGUCUCUAUUCGGCGUCUUCGAAGGUCCUAUUAUGGGUGUAUUUGUUCUCGGUUUCUUUUUUCCACAAGCUAACCGACGAGGCGCACUUGUUGGGUUUUGUGUAAGCCUAGCCCUAGAAUUUUGGAUCUUUUUAGGUGCUCAAAUUACGAAAAACCAAAUGAAAAGUGUUAGUUUACCAUUUUCGAUAGCCAAUUGCUCUGAUAUGACGAAUAGUACAUUAACGAAUUGGACUACGAGUACAGUGGUGCCCACUCUUUUCAAGCGUAAUCCUCUGAUUGACUUAUAUUCAGUUAGCUACUUGUGGUACACUCCAAUUGCAGUUGCUACCGUUAUAUUCGUUGGUAUCAUUGUUUCCUAUUUAACUCAUCCAUUACAACCACAUGAAAUUGAUCGGAAAUUGAUAAUAUCAGUCAGUGAUUUGUGCUGUUGUUUUUCACCAAAACGAUGGUGUGGAUGGCUCCGAUGUGGUGCUGGCGAUGAAGCCUAUCAUAAGAAACCGAGCGAUACUAAUGAAAUUGAAAUGAUGGCACAUGACACGUCUAGCUCUAAUCAUACAACUCCUACUGCACAAACGCCCGAUAAAAAGUUCAAAUUAGUAAUGAAAUCAAACAUGGUGGCACCUGCUUCAAUCGACGUUCCAUCUUCUAUACCGGUUGCAAACUGA